AUGGCCCCGGCCAAUGUUCUCGAGCAGAAGUUUCCUCGCACAGAGGACCGCAGUGCCUUUAUGACUGCCAAGUUUGCCGUCCUUUUAUCCGAAGAGGGUGAAUUCGAGCAGAUACUCGCGGAGACACAAGAGAGAGCCAGCGCUCGAAUGGUCAGCAACAACUUUGACGAAGACGUGUCUGAAUACUGGAUCAGAUGGGCCGUGGACGGAUGGGCUUGGGGACGAGCUAUGAAACUAAAGGCCCAGAGCCCCCCCGACGAUGUGGCACACUGGCUCACCAAGCUCAAGAAAGACAGAGCCAUCAUUGCCAGCCUCGAUGCCGCUGAGCGGAAGGCGCCCAAUCUCCCCAUCAUGGACGAGCUGCCUUUUUGCAACCCCGAUCCGAGCGACAUGACUCCACGGGAGCUCCGACAGGAGAUCUGGGACUCCGUGUUCCCGGACACACCCACUCCUAGCCAGGGCCGACCCUUUGAGCUCGUCAUGUGCCGGGGAAUCGAUUACGCUGCUCAUGUCGUUGGCAACGUCGGGCUCAAAAAGUUGCUUCCCCGGGCGGUCCGAGUGUGGCUGGUCGACAGGCUCAUUCCUGAUGGGAAGAUGACCCAGGCCAUGGUCUUUGGCUACCAUCGAGGGUCAAAGACACCAAUUUGA